AUGGCGGCAUCGCCGGUCGACUGGACAUCGCAUCGUCCAUCGAUUACGCGGCGAUCCGACGACUUCGCCGGUGGUGCUGGCAAUGACAUGGAAAAGGCAACUUCCGGCUUUCCCGAUUGCUCUGAAUCUCCCGACUGCUCUGAAUUUCCUGACUUCCCCAACUGCGAUGAACACGUCGACAAACGAAGCGGCGUUACAAGAACUCAUUUGAAUUUUGAUACGUCUCAAAUUACUGGUAGUGGUGGCGUCGAAACGGCGCUUGAAAACGAUGACGCUCCAGGAAGCCAUUCGAAACGGCCGCGAAAGCCGCCCUCUGGUCCGAGCGGAAAGGAGAAUAGAGACGUGACGUUUGGAAAGGAGAAAGAAUCGACUGACGCCGCGUCCUCCGGUCAAUGGAGAGUGUCGCGCUUCGUGCUGCCGUACCUGCCGCCGGGAUACAGGGAGCUUCCGGUGGUGCCGACAGCGGGUAGUCGCAUGAAGUCGUCGCAGCUAGUGCACUGGAUAGGGCUGCUCGCUCUCUUCUCCUGCGCGUCUAUCUGGCUCCUGGUACGUCGCAUGAGCCUCCAUCUGGCUACUGGUACGGCGAUUGCCUGUAUGACGACAUUCAGGUUUGCUUUGAGUCGACUCAUCUUACACCUGCUAGGUUCCGGUGCUGCCGACUGCGGGGAAUUGCAUGAAGUCGUCGCAGCUGGUGCACUGGAUAGGGCUGCUCGCGCUCUUCUCCUGCGCAUCCAUCUGGCUCCUGGCGCCUCAAAACUCGCCGGCGGGCUCACAGUCUGCGUUCCCCCGCCUUCCUUCCUGCAGGUGCCAACGCUCUUGCCGGCACGGACUGAUGCGCCAGCGGUGGCGCCUGCCCCUCCGGCCCGGCUCAUCCUGGUGACGCCGACGUACGCGCGCGCGUUCCAGGCGGCGUACCUCACGGAGCUCACUCACACGCUGCGCCUCGUACCGCCGCCGCACACGUGGAUCGUCGUGGAGAGCGGGAAUAAGGACGAGGACCAACGAUGGUUCCGAGGCGUGGGGCAGCGGAACGUUGCUCUCGAGUACAUAGAAAAGGAGAAUCUCGAAGGAAUCGUAUACUUCAUGGACGACGACAACUCGUACGCGCUGCAGCUGUUUGAGGAGCUGCGGAAGAUCCGGCGCAUCGGGCUGCUGCCGGUGGGGUUCCUGUUCGGGAAAGACAGCCCCAUGCGCUCCUACGUUGGCCGCCCCAUUGUGCGCGUGGCUGUUGAGGGGGGUGACAGGGAGGGCAAGAGGGAGGGCGGUGAGAGGGAGAGGGGUGCUGCUGUGGAAGGCAGUGGUGGCGACAACGCUGGUGGCAAGGACAGCUCAUAUGCUGGCCACCCCAUUGUGCAGGUGCUUGUGGAGGGGGAUGACACGGAAGGUGACUCUUCUGUGGAGGCCAGCAGCGCCAGCACUGGAAGCAGUGCCAGUGGCGGUGGCAGUGGCGGUGGCGGUGGCAGUGGCGGUGGCGGUGGCGGUGGCAGUGGCUACGCGGGCGGGGAGAUGGAGCAGGUGGCACGGGCGCGAGUCGUGGGGUGGGAGGCAUAUGGCCGGCGCGUCCCCCUGCAGAGGGACCCUGAGGCACGGCGAUACAUCACGGACAUGGCUGGGUUUGCUUUCAGCACGGAGGCUCUCCGCAACGGCACAGUCCAAGGGAAGAAGCAGCCAAUUCGCUUCCGGCCUUCAAAACGCGGGUUCCUGGAGACGGACUUCCUAGAGCAGCUGGUGACACACGAGGAUGAAUUCGAGGUGUUGGCAGAUGGGUGCAGAGCGGUGUGGGUGUGGCACAAGCACAUGGAGGACCUCUCCUGGGCCACGUACCCCACGGAUUGGCAGCCCGAGCAGAGCAACUACCGCAUUCCCACGUAUGACUGGGUGAAGAAUGACACCAGUCACGAGGCUCGGGCUGGGUUGAUCGGGCAGAUUGCUCGCGUGACGAAUGUUACGUUACCGCCGAGUUCCGAGGAGAUGAGCAAGGAGGGGGCCGUGCGGAAGAGAGGGGUGGGGGUGGGUGGGUCGGGGAUGGUGAACGGGCAGAAAGCGGAUUUGAGGCGCAACGUGGGAGUGGUACCAGGAGGGGAUACAGGGGAAAGGAAUAGGCAGCAGCGAGCGCACAUGGCGACAAACGGGCUAGAGAUUGCCGGCGAGCGCAUCACGGGUCAAGACGUACGAACACAAAAUGUCACGGCGUGCAUGGCCAUAGCCAACAUCGUCAAGAGCUCGCUGGGCCCCGUGGGAUUGGAUAAGAUGCUAGUGGACGACAUUGGUGAUAUCACCAUCACCAACGACGGAGCCACCAUCUUGAAGCAGCUGGAGGUGGAGCAUCCCGCUGCCAAGGUGCUGGUGGAUCUGGCAGAGCUGCAGGACAGGGAGGUGGGGGAUGGCACCACGUCAGUCGUCAUCAUUGCUGCUGAGCUUCUCAAGAGGGCAGACGAUCUCGUGCGCAACCGCAUUCACCCAACGUCCAUCAUCAGCGGGUAUCGACUGGCGAUGAGGGAGGCGUGCAAGUACGUGGACGGCAAGCUGGCAGUCAAGGUGGAGAAGCUGGGCAAGUCAACGCUGCUAAACGCGGCCAAGACGAGCAUGGCCUCUAAGAUUGUCGACAUGGACAGCGAGUUCUUUGGCAAGAUGGUUGUGGACGCAGUACAAGCAGUGAAGACCACGAACGAGAAGGGCGAAGUCAGAUACCCCAUUAAGGCAAUCAACAUUCUCAAGGCGCAUGGCAAGAGUGCGAGGGACAGCGCAUUGAUCAACGGCUAUGCGCUCAACACCACACGUGCCGCCCAGGGCAUGCCCCGCCGCGUGGGGCCCGCCCGCAUCGCGUGCCUGGACUUCAAUCUGCAGCGCACUCGCAUGCAGAUGGGCGUGCAGGUGCUGGUGACUGAUCCGAAGGAGCUGGACAAGAUUCGGGAAAGUGAGUGGAAGUGGGGUGGGAGGAAGGGCAUGCCCUACUAUGUGGGGCCCGCCCGCAUCGCGUGCCUGAACUUCAACCUCCAGCGCACCCGCAUGCAGAUGGGCGUGCAGGUGCUGGUGAUUGAUCCGAAAGAGCUCGACAAGAUUCGGGAAAGGUGGGCCACACGUGGUGCUGGUGGUUACAACCGGUGUGUUCUGCCGUACAAUAUUGUAGGCUCCAUGGAGGCAGAACACACCGAACUCCGUGGUGCUGGCUCCAUGGAGCAACGUGGUGCUGGUGGUUACAACCGGGAGUCGGACAUUACGAAGGAGCGAAUCCAAAAGAUGCUCAAGGCGGGUGCGAAUGUCAUUCUCACCACCAAGGGCAUUGAUGACAUGUCGCUCAAGGUGAGCUGUCGUGAUGACAUGUCGCUCAAGGUGAGCUGUCGUGAUGACAUGUCGCUCAAGGUGAGCUGUCGUGAUGACAUGUCGCUCAAGGUGAGCUGUCGUGAUGACAUGUCACUCAAGGUGAGCUGUCGUGAUGACAUGUCACUCAAGGUGAGCUGUCGUGAUGACGUGACGCUUAAGUAUUUCGUGGAGGCAGGCGCCAUUGCAGUGCGGCGGGUCAAGAAGGACGACCUGCGGCAUCCCGCCUGUCUCCCCCUUCGUGUCCCCCCCCCCACCUCCUGCCCUGCCUGUCGUUCCCUUCCUUCCCUCGUCCCCACAUCCACCAGCGCCAUUGCAGUGCGGCGAGUCAAGAAGGACGACCUGAGGCACAUCGCCAAGGCGUCUGGUGCCACCAUGAUGCUCACAUUCGCGGACAUGGAGGGCGGGGAGACGUUUGAUGCGUCCAUGCUGGGACAGGCAGAGGAGGUGUACGAGGAGCGGGUGGCAGAUGACAACAUUCUCAUCUUCAAGGGCUUUAAGGCCGCCAAAGCAGCCACACUGCUCCUGCGAGGAGCCAAUGACUACAUGCUGGACGAGAUGGAUCGCUCCCUUCACGACGCCAUCUGCAUUGUCAAGCGCACACUCGAGUCCAACUCCGUGGUAGCAGGGGGAGGCGCUGUGGAAGCGGCUCUGUCAGUGCACCUGGAGAACCUGGCCACGACCCUUGGAUCCCGGGAACAGCUCGCUAUUGCUGAGUUUGCAGAGGCUCUGCUCGUCAUUCCCAAGGUGCUUGCGGUGAAUGCUGCCAAGGACGCCACAGAUCUGGUGGCGAAGCUGAGGGCGUACCACCACAUGUCGCAGACUAAAAGCGACAAGCAGCACUUGGCAGAGUACGGUUUGGACCUGGUGAACGGUGUGUUGAGGAACAACGUGGAGGCGGGAGUGUUGGAGCCAGCCAUGAGCAAAACCAAGAUCCUGCAGUUUGCCACUGAAGCCGCCAUCACCAUUCUCAGGAUCGACGACAUGAUUCGGCUGGCCAAGGCCCAAGACGGGCCCGAGGAGUGA